AUGUCAUUCAAUAACCGUACACCCUCCAUGACCAACAUGUCGCUAGCCAACCCAGAACUCCCACGAAUCACCGUCACAGACUGCAUUCGCGAAGAACCAAUGCCCCUCGUGGUUUGGCUCAAUUCCUGCCUCACACGCGUCUCGGCCUCCGAUCUUUCUGAGCCAGACAGACGAUGCGCAAUUUGCCAGCGGACCAUGUGCGAUUUCUACCCUCUACUCAAGAUGGCGUACGAGCAGGCGCAGAAACGACCAGUACAUCCAGCACAAGCCGCAGCCGCAGCCCCUGCCCAAGUCACCAGCAAGUCACUACCUACUGCCGACCCACGAGCACGAAACAAGUCGGCGCACCCUCGCAACCCACCAGGCACACACGAAGAGCCACCAUUUGGCGCAAAGCCAGAGCACACAUGCGACGCUGGCUUCCGCUCCGAGUGUGAGUUCCCCAUCAAGGUAUGGACCACCGGCUGCGAACAUUUCGUCGGCCACUCGUGCCUGGAAUGGUGGAUCAUCCGCGGUCGGACGAAGUGUCCGUCAUGUCGGACCGUAUGGUUUAAGAGGGCGAAGAACAGGCGGCAGACGUUGAAGGAGGCCUUUAGCUGGUGGACAAAAUCGUGCUUGCUAGGCAAGGAUGAAGUAGUGGUAGACAUCGCAGCAUACAAGGGUACGAUUGGUGGGUCUCUACCUCGGUGUUGGAUGCAGACUGCCCAGACUGGAACGAAUGGUGAUGCCGUUGGAGGAGCUAAAGCAGAUGCGUGA